AUGGACUGGGAAGAGUUGGAGGAACUGGCGAUGAGGCUAGUGAGAAUAGACGUCAGAUUAGCGAAGGCUAAAAAAGCCAGGGAUGAAUAUGUCAAUUUUCUGCAAAAAAAGUAUCCUUCCUGGAAACCACCUGGAUUGAUGGCACUCAAACCAUCAAAAAUUUUUUAUGAAAUGGAAUUACUUUGCACCCAUAAUCAGUCUAAACAUGUACAAGUUGUGGAUAAAACUGGUCGCAAAUAUUUUCGCAAUUCUGGAAGAUCCUUUUUUAAUCCAAACGUUUCGCAAGCAGAAUUUGAUAAUUUUGAACAAUACAGAACUAAAUCAUCGAGAAUUAAAAGAUCAAAACUUAGUUUGAGCUCUAUUUCCAGCGAUCAAGUGUUUGAAUCUGAUGUGGCUAAAAUCAGAAAAGGACUUGAUGAAAUAAAUAAAAAUUUAAACAAUCUCCAGGAACGACGAUUUUAUUUAUUCACUGAACGACCAAAUGCAUCUCAAAUAAAACUACAACACCACCAGACUCCCGCAGUUGACAAUUCAUCGUCCUCGUAUAAGAAAAAUAAUCAGAAGGAAGAUUUGAUGCAAGAACAUGCCAAUAAUAUUUCCGAGGAUAAUUAUGACAAUUAUGGAGUAUGUCUUGAGAAUUUAUCUGAUGAUGUGAAUAAGACAUCUGAUAAUCUCAAAGAGAAGCAAGAAGGCAAAAUUGAUCCCACCGUUGAAUUACUUGAAGCAAAAUCAGUUAUGCAAACAUCGCUACCACAGAAAAUACUAAAAACAAGUAAAAAGGAAGAGUUCAAACACGUGGAAGUAGCCGAGAAGUCAAAAUAUGAAAAGAAUGAACACACAACUGAGAUUCGGAAUCAGUCUGCUGCAACAAAUGAUGGAUUGAGUUUUUUGGAGAAAAUUCUUGGAUCUUCUGCUUUCAACAAACAAUUAGAGUCAGAACAUGACUUCAAGAAUGAGAAACCAACUGGAUUUAGCGGAAUCGAAGAGGAUUCUGACUCAGAUUUCUUCGCGUGA